CGUAUAUUGAGUUAUACGCGACUUAAUUAAAAGAGAGGGACAACCAAUAAUAAAGACAUUGAGUUCAUAAAUACACAUUUCAGCAUGUUUUUUUUGAAAGAGCUAUCACAUACAAUCACAUUACAUCCUUCUUACUUUGGACCCAACAUGCAAGACAAAAUACGGGAGAAAUUAUAUGCAGAUGUAGAAGGAACUUGCUCAGGUCGAUAUGGUUAUGUAGUGACAGUUGUGUCUAUAUCGAGAUUAGAGAAAGGAAAAGUAUUACCAGGAUCAGGUCUAGCAGAAUUCAAAGUAACCUAUCAAGCUAUCUUGUUUAAACCUUUCAAGGGAGAAGUGCUAGACGGUAUUGUAACAACAGUCAACAAGAUGGGUUUCUUUGUCGAUGUAGGGCCUUUACAAGUAUUUGUUUCAAGUCAUUUAAUACCAAGUGAAUUCAAAUUUGACGUCAAUGGCAACCCACCGUGUUACUCGUCUGAAGAUCAAGUGAUACAGAAAGAUGUCCGUGUUCGAUUAAAAUUAGUAGGAACGCGUGUAGAUGCAACUGAAAUUUUUGCAAUUGGCACAAUCAAGGAAGACUAUUUGGGUGUACUUCCUGGUCAAUAAAAAGCAUUUAUGUAAAUAAAAUUGUAGAUCCAAUAAUAACAAGAAUGUGAUACACGAACAUAAACUUGUCAAUCGCUCAUAGGCUCAAGGGAAGAGAGGGAAGGGAAAGGGGGAGAAUAAGACACCGUAUUCUGAAAGGAUGAUGUUACAAGCAGUCAAGUAAAUAACGCAAGAUCGUAUACAAAUGUAUUCAAUAUGUUUGAUGAAAUCAAUCACACAAAUACAUUCUCUCCUUAUUUCGCCCUUUUGUUCUCUCUCUCAUUGAUCUUGAUCAAAUUGAUCAAGUAUGUCGCGAUUGUAUAUUUUAUGAGCUCUGAUUGGCUGAUUUCUUAGUUUUUACCACCUUUCAUUGGCUAAACCUUGUGGCUUCGAUUGAUUUUUUUUUUAACCCAAAAAAGCCCAAAUAUAAAGCAAGCAGCAAGUCAAACCCUUUUUUCUUUUCUUA